AUGGUGGUGCGCGUUGCACGCAUGGUGGUGCGCGUUGCACGCAUGGUGGUGCGCGUUGCACGCAUGGUGGUGCGCGUUGCACGCAUGGUGGUGCGCGUUGCACGCAUGGUGGUGCGCGUUGCACGCAUGGUGGUGCGCGUUGCACGCAUGGUGGUGCGCGUUGCACGCAUGGUGGUGCGCGUUGCACGCAUGGUGGUGCGCGUUGCACGCAUGGUGGUGCGCGUUGCACGCAUGGUGGUGCGCGUUGCACGCAUGGUGGUGCGCGUUGCACGCAUGGUGGUGCGCGUUGCACGCAUGGUGGUGCGCGUUGCACGCAUGGUGGUGCGCGUUGCACGCAUGGUGGUGCGCGUUGCACGCAUGGUGGUGCGCGUUGCACGCAUGGUGGUGCGCGUUGCACGCAUGGUGGUGCGCGUUGCACGCAUGGUGGUGCGCGUUGCACGCAUGGUGGUGCGCGUUGCACGCAUGGUGGUGCGCGUUGCACGCAUGGUGGUGCGCGUUGCACGCAUGGUGGUGCGCGUUGCACGCAUGGUGGUGCGCGUUGCACGCAUGGUGGUGCGCGUUGCACGCAUGGUGGUGCGCGUUGCACGCAUGGUGGUGCGCGUUGCACGCAUGGUGGUGCGCGUUGCACGCAUGGUGGUGCGCGUUGCACGCAUGGUGGUGCGCGUUGCACGCAUGGUGGUGCGCGUUGCACGCAUGGUGGUGCGCGUUGCACGCAUGGUGGUGCGCGUUGCACGCAUGGUGGUGCGCGUUGCACGCAUGGUGGUGCGCGUUGCACGCAUGGUGGUGCGCGUUGCACGCAUGGUGGUGCGCGUUGCACGCAUGGUGGUGCGCGUUGCACGCAUGGUGGUGCGCGUUGCACGCAUGGUGGUGCGCGUUGCACGCAUGGUGGUGCGCGUUGCACGCAUGGUGGUGCGCGUUGCACGCAUGGUGGUGCGCGUUGCACGCAUGGUGGUGCGCGUUGCACGCAUGGUGGUGCGCGUUGCACGCAUGGUGGUGCGCGUUGCACGCAUGGUGGUGCGCGUUGCACGCAUGGUGGUGCGCGUUGCACGCAUGGUGGUGCGCGUUGCACGCAUGGUGGUGCGCGUUGCACGCAUGGUGGUGCGCGUUGCACGCAUGGUGGUGCGCGUUGCACGCAUGGUGGUGCGCGUUGCACGCAUGGUGGUGCGCGUUGCACGCAUGGUGGUGCGCGUUGCACGCAUGGUGGUGCGCGUUGCACGCAUGGUGGUGCGCGUUGCACGCAUGGUGGUGCGCGUUGCACGCAUGGUGGUGCGCGUUGCACGCAUGGUGGUGCGCGUUGCACGCAUGGUGGUGCGCGUUGCACGCAUGGUGGUGCGCGUUGCACGCAUGGUGGUGCGCGUUGCACGCAUGGUGGUGCGCGUUGCACGCAUGGUGGUGCGCGUUGCACGCAUGGUGGUGCGCGUUGCACGCAUGGUGGUGCGCGUUGCACGCAUGGUGGUGCGCGUUGCACGCAUGGUGGUGCGCGUUGCACGCAUGGUGGUGCGCGUUGCACGCAUGGUGGUGCGCGUUGCACGCAUGGUGGUGCGCGUUGCACGCAUGGUGGUGCGCGUUGCACGCAUGGUGGUGCGCGUUGCACGCAUGGUGGUGCGCGUUGCACGCAUGGUGGUGCGCGUUGCACGCAUGGUGGUGCGCGUUGCACGCAUGGUGGUGCGCGUUGCACGCAUGGUGGUGCGCGUUGCACGCAUGGUGGUGCGCGUUGCACGCAUGGUGGUGCGCGUUGCACGCAUGGUGGUGCGCGUUGCACGCAUGGUGGUGCGCGUUGCACGCAUGGUGGUGCGCGUUGCACGCAUGGUGGUGCGCGUUGCACGCAUGGUGGUGCGCGUUGCACGCAUGGUGGUGCGCGUUGCACGCAUGGUGGUGCGCGUUGCACGCAUGGUGGUGCGCGUUGCACGCAUGGUGGUGCGCGUUGCACGCAUGGUGGUGCGCGUUGCACGCAUGGUGGUGCGCGUUGCACGCAUGGUGGUGCGCGUUGCACGCAUGGUGGUGCGCGUUGCACGCAUGGUGGUGCGCGUUGCACGCAUGGUGGUGCGCGUUGCACGCAUGGUGGUGCGCGUUGCACGCAUGGUGGUGCGCGUUGCACGCAUGGUGGUGCGCGUUGCACGCAUGGUGGUGCGCGUUGCACGCAUGGUGGUGCGCGUUGCACGCAUGGUGGUGCGCGUUGCACGCAUGGUGGUGCGCGUUGCACGCAUGGUGGUGCGCGUUGCACGCAUGGUGGUGCGCGUUGCACGCAUGGUGGUGCGCGUUGCACGCAUGGUGGUGCGCGUUGCACGCAUGGUGGUGCGCGUUGCACGCAUGGUGGUGCGCGUUGCACGCAUGGUGGUGCGCGUUGCACGCAUGGUGGUGCGCGUUGCACGCAUGGUGGUGCGCGUUGCACGCAUGGUGGUGCGCGUUGCACGCAUGGUGGUGCGCGUUGCACGCAUGGUGGUGCGCGUUGCACGCAUGGUGGUGCGCGUUGCACGCAUGGUGGUGCGCGUUGCACGCAUGGUGGUGCGCGUUGCACGCAUGGUGGUGCGCGUUGCACGCAUGGUGGUGCGCGUUGCACGCAUGGUGGUGCGCGUUGCACGCAUGGUGGUGCGCGUUGCACGCAUGGUGGUGCGCGUUGCACGCAUGGUGGUGCGCGUUGCACGCAUGGUGGUGCGCGUUGCACGCAUGGUGGUGCGCGUUGCACGCAUGGUGGUGCGCGUUGCACGCAUGGUGGUGCGCGUUGCACGCAUGGUGGUGCGCGUUGCACGCAUGGUGGUGCGCGUUGCACGCAUGGUGGUGCGCGUUGCACGCAUGGUGGUGCGCGUUGCACGCAUGGUGGUGCGCGUUGCACGCAUGGUGGUGCGCGUUGCACGCAUGGUGGUGCGCGUUGCACGCAUGGUGGUGCGCGUUGCACGCAUGGUGGUGCGCGUUGCACGCAUGGUGGUGCGCGUUGCACGCAUGGUGGUGCGCGUUGCACGCAUGGUGGUGCGCGUUGCACGCAUGGUGGUGCGCGUUGCACGCAUGGUGGUGCGCGUUGCACGCAUGGUGGUGCGCGUUGCACGCAUGGUGGUGCGCGUUGCACGCAUGGUGGUGCGCGUUGCACGCAUGGUGGUGCGCGUUGCACGCAUGGUGGUGCGCGUUGCACGCAUGGUGGUGCGCGUUGCACGCAUGGUGGUGCGCGUUGCACGCAUGGUGGUGCGCGUUGCACGCAUGGUGGUGCGCGUUGCACGCAUGGUGGUGCGCGUUGCACGCAUGGUGGUGCGCGUUGCACGCAUGGUGGUGCGCGUUGCACGCAUGGUGGUGCGCGUUGCACGCAUGGUGGUGCGCGUUGCACGCAUGGUGGUGCGCGUUGCACGCAUGGUGGUGCGCGUUGCACGCAUGGUGGUGCGCGUUGCACGCAUGGUGGUGCGCGUUGCACGCAUGGUGGUGCGCGUUGCACGCAUGGUGGUGCGCGUUGCACGCAUGGUGGUGCGCGUUGCACGCAUGGUGGUGCGCGUUGCACGCAUGGUGGUGCGCGUUGCACGCAUGGUGGUGCGCGUUGCACGCAUGGUGGUGCGCGUUGCACGCAUGGUGGUGCGCGUUGCACGCAUGGUGGUGCGCGUUGCACGCAUGGUGGUGCGCGUUGCACGCAUGGUGGUGCGCGUUGCACGCAUGGUGGUGCGCGUUGCACGCAUGGUGGUGCGCGUUGCACGCAUGGUGGUGCGCGUUGCACGCAUGGUGGUGCGCGUUGCACGCAUGGUGGUGCGCGUUGCACGCAUGGUGGUGCGCGUUGCACGCAUGGUGGUGCGCGUUGCACGCAUGGUGGUGCGCGUUGCACGCAUGGUGGUGCGCGUUGCACGCAUGGUGGUGCGCGUUGCACGCAUGGUGGUGCGCGUUGCACGCAUGGUGGUGCGCGUUGCACGCAUGGUGGUGCGCGUUGCACGCAUGGUGGUGCGCGUUGCACGCAUGGUGGUGCGCGUUGCACGCAUGGUGGUGCGCGUUGCACGCAUGGUGGUGCGCGUUGCACGCAUGGUGGUGCGCGUUGCACGCAUGGUGGUGCGCGUUGCACGCAUGGUGGUGCGCGUUGCACGCAUGGUGGUGCGCGUUGCACGCAUGGUGGUGCGCGUUGCACGCAUGGUGGUGCGCGUUGCACGCAUGGUGGUGCGCGUUGCACGCAUGGUGGUGCGCGUUGCACGCAUGGUGGUGCGCGUUGCACGCAUGGUGGUGCGCGUUGCACGCAUGGUGGUGCGCGUUGCACGCAUGGUGGUGCGCGUUGCACGCAUGGUGGUGCGCGUUGCACGCAUGGUGGUGCGCGUUGCACGCAUGGUGGUGCGCGUUGCACGCAUGGUGGUGCGCGUUGCACGCAUGGUGGUGCGCGUUGCACGCAUGGUGGUGCGCGUUGCACGCAUGGUGGUGCGCGUUGCACGCAUGGUGGUGCGCGUUGCACGCAUGGUGGUGCGCGUUGCACGCAUGGUGGUGCGCGUUGCACGCAUGGUGGUGCGCGUUGCACGCAUGGUGGUGCGCGUUGCACGCAUGGUGGUGCGCGUUGCACGCAUGGUGGUGCGCGUUGCACGCAUGGUGGUGCGCGUUGCACGCAUGGUGGUGCGCGUUGCACGCAUGGUGGUGCGCGUUGCACGCAUGGUGGUGCGCGUUGCACGCAUGGUGGUGCGCGUUGCACGCAUGGUGGUGCGCGUUGCACGCAUGGUGGUGCGCGUUGCACGCAUGGUGGUGCGCGUUGCACGCAUGGUGGUGCGCGUUGCACGCAUGGUGGUGCGCGUUGCACGCAUGGUGGUGCGCGUUGCACGCAUGGUGGUGCGCGUUGCACGCAUGGUGGUGCGCGUUGCACGCAUGGUGGUGCGCGUUGCACGCAUGGUGGUGCGCGUUGCACGCAUGGUGGUGCGCGUUGCACGCAUGGUGGUGCGCGUUGCACGCAUGGUGGUGCGCGUUGCACGCAUGGUGGUGCGCGUUGCACGCAUGGUGGUGCGCGUUGCACGCAUGGUGGUGCGCGUUGCACGCAUGGUGGUGCGCGUUGCACGCAUGGUGGUGCGCGUUGCACGCAUGGUGGUGCGCGUUGCACGCAUGGUGGUGCGCGUUGCACGCAUGGUGGUGCGCGUUGCACGCAUGGUGGUGCGCGUUGCACGCAUGGUGGUGCGCGUUGCACGCAUGGUGGUGCGCGUUGCACGCAUGGUGGUGCGCGUUGCACGCAUGGUGGUGCGCGUUGCACGCAUGGUGGUGCGCGUUGCACGCAUGGUGGUGCGCGUUGCACGCAUGGUGGUGCGCGUUGCACGCAUGGUGGUGCGCGUUGCACGCAUGGUGGUGCGCGUUGCACGCCGCGUUGCACGCAUGGUGGUGCGCGUUGCACGCAUGGUGGUGCGCGUUGCACGCAUGGUGGUGCGCGUUGCACGCAUGGUGGUGCGCGUUGCACGCAUGGUGGUGCGCGUUGCACGCAUGGUGGUGCGCGUUGCACGCAUGGUGGUGCGCGUUGCACGCAUGGUGGUGCGCGUUGCACGCAUGGUGGUGCGCGUUGCACGCAUGGUGGUGCGCGUUGCACGCAUGGUGGUGCGCGUUGCACGCAUGGUGGUGCGCGUUGCACGCAUGGUGGUGCGCGUUGCACGCAUGGUGGUGCGCGUUGCACGCAUGGUGGUGCGCGUUGCACGCAUGGUGGUGCGCGUUGCACGCAUGGUGGUGCGCGUUGCACGCAUGGUGGUGCGCGUUGCACGCAUGGUGGUGCGCGUUGCACGCAUGGUGGUGCGCGUUGCACGCAUGGUGGUGCGCGUUGCACGCAUGGUGGUGCGCGUUGCACGCAUGGUGGUGCGCGUUGCACGCAUGGUGGUGCGCGUUGCACGCAUGGUGGUGCGCGUUGCACGCAUGGUGGUGCGCGUUGCACGCAUGGUGGUGCGCGUUGCACGCAUGGUGGUGCGCGUUGCACGCAUGGUGGUGCGCGUUGCACGCAUGGUGGUGCGCGUUGCACGCAUGGUGGUGCGCGUUGCACGCAUGGUGGUGCGCGUUGCACGCAUGGUGGUGCGCGUUGCACGCAUGGUGGUGCGCGUUGCACGCAUGGUGGUGCGCGUUGCACGCAUGGUGGUGCGCGUUGCACGCAUGGUGGUGCGCGUUGCACGCAUGGUGGUGCGCGUUGCACGCAUGGUGGUGCGCGUUGCACGCAUGGUGGUGCGCGUUGCACGCAUGGUGGUGCGCGUUGCACGCAUGGUGGUGCGCGUUGCACGCAUGGUGGUGCGCGUUGCACGCAUGGUGGUGCGCGUUGCACGCAUGGUGGUGCGCGUUGCACGCAUGGUGGUGCGCGUUGCACGCAUGGUGGUGCGCGUUGCACGCAUGGUGGUGCGCGUUGCACGCAUGGUGGUGCGCGUUGCACGCAUGGUGGUGCGCGUUGCACGCAUGGUGGUGCGCGUUGCACGCAUGGUGGUGCGCGUUGCACGCAUGGUGGUGCGCGUUGCACGCAUGGUGGUGCGCGUUGCACGCAUGGUGGUGCGCGUUGCACGCAUGCACCCGCCUUUUGGCGCAGCGACUGCGGUGCAGCAAGGUGGUGGUGGGCAGCACGGCCACUCGCCUCGCAGCGCAUGUCAUUGCCGCCACUGCCAAGGUGAGGUGAUGGGAUGGGAGAGCAGCGACAGAGGGGGGCGGGAUGUUGGUGAGGGGGAUGAGCAGUUCUCUCUCAUUGCUUCUCAUAUCUAUCGCUCUUUGCCCUUCCCUCAUUCCACCCUCAACCCAUCCACUCCUUUCCUCCCCCCUUCCCCUCAUCGCCCCCAUCAGGCGCAGGGCUUUGCGCUACCAGCGGACCUGGCGGUGUGGGACGCACGGAGGGGCGUGCCGGUGGUGCGCCCGCUGCGCGACUGCUCUCUGCGCGACCUCGCCCUCCUCGCGCACCUCUCCCGCCUCCGCACCGCCUUCGCCCCCUCCCUCGCCACGCGUGCCUCCCUGCUGGGGGGCGCAGGGAGCGGGGCCACAGGGGGGGCGGAGAGCAUCAAUGCGCUGGCGGCGUCGUUCCUGGAGGGGCUGCAGAGGGAGAGCAGCGGGCGCCAGUUCACCGUCACUCGCACCGCCCUCAAACUGCAACCCUUCCCCUUCAACCUCCCCCCUUCCCUCGCACCCCCCUCCCCCACUGCUGCUGACUCCCCCCCUCCGCCCCUCUGCGCCAUCUGCCUCGCCCCCCUCCCCCCGCCUGCUCUCAACCCCCCACCCCCGCCUGACCCCCCUGCUUCUGCUGUUGCUCCAGCAGCCGCCGCCCCUGCCCCGCCCCUACACCCCCUCUCCACCCCUCUCUGCUGCAGCUGCCGCUGGGGCGUGGUGGGAGCAGGGGGGCGGGUGGGGGGAAGGGCUGGGGGAGGGGGAGCAGAAAGGGGAAGGGAGAACGGGGAGGGGGGACGGAGGAAGGCAGAGGAGGGAGGAGGGGGAGCAGGUGCGGGUGGAGCGGCGGGGGUGGCGGGGCUGCCAGAGGCGUUUCUGGCGCGGGGGAGGGCGGGCAGUGCCAGCUAUGCUGAGUGGCUCAGGCAGUGCGAGAGGAGCAUGAUCACGGACUGCCUGCUGGACGCCCACUGA